CCGACAAAAAUGGCGACCUCCUUAGGACGCUAGAGAACAUGUUUAGGUGACUUCUAAAUUAGAUCAGUUUGUACUAUUUGUUGUAUAUAUAUUUAGAUUUUUUUUUUCCUGACCGAGGAAGCAGUGGCUUGUGUUUGUUGUUAUUGUUAACAAACGAUGGCAAUGCAAAGUGGAUAUGUGAUACAAGAGAAAGUGGCCAGGUUGGUGAGUAAACAGCUUGGAAAGCCAGUCCUCAAACCCAACAAGCAUCUGGCUCUUAAAGAUGAAGUCGCUAACCGCAAGCCAAAAAAAGAAGAGGCCUCCUGUGUGACCGAGAUGGCAUUAGUGAUGGCGUGCUGGAAGCAGAAUGAGUUCAACACCAAGCUCUGCUCUAACGAACUCAAUGUGUUCUACAGAUGCAUAGAGAAAGCCCAGGCAGAGGCCCGUGACAGAGCAAAGCAACAAAACCUUUCUCAGGGAGGACGGCUUUUACCAAAACAGGCCACCAAGCUGUUGAAGCGGUACCCCAAUUUGUGAGACACUGACACAGGCAUGAAUCAACAAAACGGACUGAUAGAGAGACAUUCGGUGCAGUGGUUUUGGGUGUGGCCUUUAGACACGCACAACACAUUUGCUACUUCAAAGCUUUUGGUUUUGUAUUUAAUCACAUCGUCAUCAGAUGCAGAUCCUGGCAGCCUCAAGGAGCAUGAUUGUGCAUUCUAAUUAUUUAACCGAUUAGAUCGCUUUAAAUCAGUCUCUGAACGCCUGAAUAAGGUAAUAAUAAAACUCACUCUGUCGUCGCUCUGAUUAAACGCAGCUCAAGCUCUGUGAUGAUUGAAAGCUUGUUAUUUCCUGAAAUGACUUUGAAAUGUUAUUAUUGAUGUCAGUGUCAUAAAAUGAUUUCCCUAACUA